GCUCCUUCUGUGCAGUGGCUACCGAGUCCUAUGCCAUCACCACCGAGACCUGGAAGAGUUUUCGGACCACCGGUGCAAGCAAUGGCGGCGCCUAUGACCUAUUCGUCGGUGCAGGUUGCAGGACCAGCUCCUACGUGCCCAGACGCCGGUUCCGGCGAAAGCUUCUCCUGGCGAUAGCAAUCGAGGAGUACCUAGAGAAGAUCCAGCUACAGCUGCAGCGCAUGAAGAAGUACCUAGAGGGGAUCCAGAUUCAGGGGGAGGAGGCUCUCACCCGGAAUCUGACCAGUCUGCAGCAGCUACAAGAGAAAGCCCUUAAGAAGGAUAUCGAUGGCGAUGAUGCUCCAGAGCAGGUGAAAAGUACAACGAUAGCCCUUCCUGCUCUUUCUGUGCCCGAAGGGAGUGCGAUGGGAAUCUUGCUUCAGGACUGGCUGGCGCAAGUGGCUGUGCCGAUGCAGGAUCUGUCUGCAUCCUCUGGUGGAUGGUGGUCUCAAGUGCUGGAACUGGUGCAAGCAACAUAUGCCACGUGGUUAUCUGCGUCACCGAUAGAGCGUCUUCAGCUGGAGCCUAGGGGCCACGAGGACCUUACCAAGGGGAAGUGGACAAGGGUGAAUGCGAGGGCAUGUUCGCUGAUGCUACAAGCGCUCCCAGAGGGAGUGAAGCACGAUCUGAUCUCCAGGAGAAUCGUGCAAAGCUCUCCGCUGAUACUGUUCCGUCUUCAUACAACCUACCAGCCUGGCGGAGCGUCCGAGCGGUCAACUGUCUUGAACAAUCUACAGCAUGCUGGACAGUUUGAGACAAUGGAGGAGUGCAUGGUGUGGCUGCGUGCUUGGCCAAGGUGGAUACAGCGAUGCAAGGAUCUAAAGAUGAUGGUGCCGGAUGGGUCAGUAUUGGCGCGAUCGCUAACCAGUACAACUUCGAAGUUCCUUAUGGACAACAUGGACGCGCAAUUUCGUACCCAGUUGUUACGCUCAAGCCUCCGUAUUGACUCACAGCCAUCGCAAGCAGACGUGUCAAGGUACCAACAGCAUCUGCAGGCAGAGAUCGAGGCGCUGAUUGCAUCAAAGCCCAGUCAUCUCAGCAUUCCUGCUCGGGUAAAGGCUAUGGGAGCUACAUCUACGCCGGGUUCGCCGACUUCAGCUGGAGCUUCAGGGGGAGGGAAGAGCUUGUGCAAAUACUUCUUUAGAUCAAGUGGAUGCCGACGAGGAGCAAAGUGUCCUUUUAGCCACGACAUGCAACACCUUUCGAAGGCGGAGCGAGCUAAGCGAUGCUUGGUGUGCGGCGGAGAGGAUCAUCGUCAGAGGGAGUGCCCCACGAAGGUUCAAAGGCCGAACACAAGGACGAGCCCCACAGGAGGAGGUGCUGCAGGACAGAGAUCCACUGAGGCACCUGCGGUUGCAGUUGCUAAAGUUGAGCCCGAAGGGGAGGUGUCGCCAUCUUCUACAACUGCGGCGGUGGUUUCUGGAGAGCCAGUUUGGACCUUGGAGACACUACUGCAAGCGGCAGCUAAGGUUGCAGGAGCUUCACCGGCUAGUGGUCCCUCGAUCAACGUGGUGUCACUCAAAGCACACUAUCCACUUGUCGGAGAUGGACAGACUCUUGCCUUGGUUGAUUCGGGCGCCACUCAUGCUCUACGACAAGCUCGAUCUGAGGCUGAAUGGCAGCAGGCAAGUCCAGUGGUGGUGAAUCUGGCUGGUGGGGAGUCAAUCAGCCUGAGGAUGAAUGAAGCAGGCACCAUACUGGUACCUACGGCUUCCUCUACCACGGCCAGUUCCUCAGCUCCAAUUGUGCCGCUGGGGGCAUUGGUUGGACAGUUGGGCUACACUAUGACGUGGAGUAGUAACCGCUGCAAGCUGGAAGGGCGAGAUGGCGAUGCAUACAAUCUACGAGUAAGAGAAGGUUGUCCUGAGAUAGCGGAGCAAGAUGCGCUUCGGUUGAUUGCCCGCUUGGAAGAUGACAACUUAGAGCUGCUGCGUAGCAAUACUGUGGCAACUAGGAGACGAGUGAAAGCGGCUGCAUUAGCAAUGGAGCGAACAUGGUUUGACUAUUUGAUGUCGUAUGUGGAUGGAGCAAUGGCAUCAGAAGCACUAAAGGCGAUUGAAAGCGCGCCUUUCUUACAGGAAGUACCGAAGCCUUGCAAAGCUGGACUGGUGGAGUCGUUUCCAGAAGCGAAUGGCUGGGAGUCCCUAAAGGGCUUAGAGCAUCUCAACCGGAGAACCAGGAAGCGCUUAUGGAACUCAGAUAAGUGGCUGGUGCACUUGUUCUGUGGGAAGCAGGAGAAGAAGGACCUGCAAUACCUGGAAGGCCAUGGCUACGCUGUCUUAGAGCUGGACAUAGAGCGAGGUCGCACCCAGGACAUCCUGCGCCCUUCGGUUUGGCGCGCCCUGGAAUAUGCAGCGCGCCUGGGAAAGAUAGCAGCCAUUGUUGGUGGACCCCCGCAGUCUACAUUCAUGAUUUCAAGGCAUGUUCCAGGAGGCCCAGAACCUGUUCGGUCACCGGAGUUUCUCUAUGGUGGUUGGCCUGGACAGCCAGAUAUGGAUGUGUACAAAGCCAAUAGGGAGACCCAGCUGCUAACACGCAUGAUCUACUUGCACGCUUUAUCUACGGCAGGAAGGCUGAGAUCUUUUACAGGAGCAGCGGCAUCAAAAGAGGUGGCGUUUCUACUGGAGCAUCCUCGGGAUCCGAGAAGCUAUUUGCAAUAUGGAGAUCCUUUGCACUCUGAUGUGGUUAGCCUUUGGAGGACAUCACUUUGGACAGAAUAUGCAAUGGAAGCAGGGCUCAACUCUUACAGCUUUGAUAUGGCUGCGUUUGGCAAGGCGUUCACUCGUCAUACAACAGUGGGGACUAACCUGCAGCUGAAGCACUUGGAUGGCUUGCGAGCGAGGUGGCAUGCGGGCAUGUCGGAGCCUGAUAGGGCCCCAGCUUGCGUGUGGCCAAAGGAGUUCUACGAGCACCUGGUGAUUGCGCUGCGUGGCUGGGGUGUUACGCCCAGGAUGGUUCGCAUGAGUGCGGAUCAGUGGAGAGAACAUGUUCGUCGAGGUCAUCUCCCAUUUCGUCCUGACUGCGCAGUAUGUGUUCAGGCAGGUGCUACAGGGAGAAGACAUGCUCGGAUUGAGCAUCCGUCAGCUUUUGUCCUAUCGGCUGAUCUAGCUGGUCCAGUGAAGAUAGGGGGACUAGAUCCGGAUGCGCGAGGAGCCUACCCAAAGCCCUACAAGUACAUCUUUGUCGCCAAGCUUCGUGUCCCCAAGACUUUCGUUGAGGAUGGUCGGGGGGCGUGGGUGGACUAUGACACUGGGGAGCUUGAGGAGGAUAAGUAUGAAGACCAAGAUGAUGGACUGUCAAUAGAGGGCGGAAGGGAAAAGGAGGUGAUUCGUCCCAAGCCAGUUGAUGAUGGUGAUGAAGGCGAUGAAGACCAGGAGGAGCCCGCUAAGAAAAAGGACCCGGAGGAAGAUCUAGAUCUUGCGGCCCCUGAGCUGGUGAACUUGAUCUUUGCUGCUGGCAUAAAGGAUGAUAAGGCCCCAACAGUGCUGGAGGCGAUCCAGGAUGUCAUUCUCUAUUGCCAAGCUCUUAACAUACCUGUUCUACGCUUUCAUUCGGAUCGUGGGAUGGAGUUUCAGGCAAGGGCUUCCAAGCAAUGGUUAAAGAGCCAAGGGAUCAGAGUUACGACGUCCGAAGCAGGUGAUCAUCGUACAAAUGGUGCAGCUGAAUCGACGGUGAGAUGGAUAAAACAAAGGGCGAGAACGCUACUAUUGUCAGCCAAAUUGCCGCAACAGCUAUGGCCCAUGGCAGCGUCUACAGCAGCUACAAUGCAGAGAGCGGAGGUGUUGGGUUUUGAGCCAGUGCUUGCGGCGCCGUUUGGAACAAAGGUCACUGUGAGAAAGCGGCAACUUGAGGGACCAAAGCUUGAUGAUCUAGCCCCGAGGUGGAUUACAGGAACUUACGUUGGCAAAUCAGACAGCCUGCACAAAGGGCAUCUGGUGUAUGUCAAGGACGAUGGUGGAGAAAGGUUUGUGCAUACUCUUCAUGUUCGAAGUUCUCUACAUGACCCUGGACCGGUUGAAGGGGAACUGUUUGCGGAUGAGCCUGAAGGUCCCAGGAGGAGGUUGAGAGGCAAGUCAGCUGGCAGUGGUGAUGUAGUGGUGGUUACGAAGUUGGAGGUGGACAAGGAAAAUGAGUUAAAACAUCGUGCUGAAGCGGUUCUACAGACGUGGUCUCAGGAGGAGGCGGAAGACAUCGUGAAAGCAGUAUGUGCGGUACUAGCUCCUUCGGAGAAUGUCUAUGGGAUGUUUCGCUUUGGUGGAAAGACGGGAAUCACUAGAGCCACUGUUGAACGACCAUGGCUAGCAAAGGUCUUGCUGAAGUUGAUGGUGGAGAGGGCUCCUGAAGCUGAGUUUGCGGCGAUCUUUGUUUCUGUCAACAAUGAGAGGGAAGUUCAUAUAGAUCGCAAUAAUGCUUUUGGCACCCUCAACUACCUACUUCCACUUGUUAUGCCAAGACGAGGAGGAGAAAUUUGGCAGGAGCUACGACCCGGAGAUGUGGUGCAAGGUCGAGUUCUUGAGCUGCAGUCACCAGAUGGUCGUACAAGGUAUGGGUGCUCGUAUCCGCUACAAGAGGGCAGCGUGUUUCAGUUGAACCCACAUCGACGUCAUGCCGUUCUACCUUGGACUGGGGACAGGCUGGUAAUUGUGGGGUACACACCAGGAACUCUGCAGAACCUUAGCUCAGUGGACAGAGAGCAUCUAUGGACACUGGGAUUUCCUAUGCCAAUCUAUGAUGAAGGUACAGGUGCAAUCAUCAGUAUAAAUACAUUUACAGUGCAGACUUCGGAUGUGGAAAAGGACAUCGUCGUUGAGUACCAUUCAUCGGAUUUACCAGAUAGCACCUAUGACUUGAAGGGUCCAGAAGGAAGCAUGUCUUUAUCUACUACGAGCGCACAGACGUCAGGUAGUGAGAUUCAGGGUGUCAAUGAAGAGUGGUCACACUGGGACAUGUGCUUGGUGCUGGAUGGUACUGAAGAUACAGUGAUAUUGGAAAGUAGCUUGGACCGAGACACGGUUCAGCUGGCUAAGGCGGAGGUGUCGUUUACUGAAGGCGUAGAGAAGAUCCUCAGUGCUUUGGAUGGUCCGCUAAACGUGGUACAUACAGUCAACCCUCGCGAGGUCGCCAUGCACUUCGAGGAAUGGGCGCCGUCAUUGAAAAAGGAGGUGAUGUCUCUGGCGCAUGCAGUUGAAAAGGUCUGGAGCAGCAAUAGUCAGGUCCAGGAGGAGAUAUCGUCUGGGAGGGCGCAAGUUAUCCCUAUGAAAGCAGUUUUCACUGUUAAGCCGCCAGAUCCUCCUCAAGAGGGCGAAGCAAUGAGCUCCUUUUUCAAGCGCAAGUCCAGAAUAGUAAUUUGUGGGAAUUUAGCGUCCCAUCAGCCUGGUGAAGUAUAUACAAACACAGCUCCUGCAGAACUGGUUCGUGCAGCUUUGGCCUUUGGCCUACAAGAGUCACCGAGACUUUGGGGAAUGUACCGAGAUCUACAUCUAGCUCAGAUCCAGAUUGUGCACGAGGGGAAGAGAGUUACCUUAUUGCAGGGCAGAGUUGAGCCAUCGUGGUGGUCAGUUCUUCAGGAAGGCUCAAUUCCAAUCGGCAUCCUGGUGGUGUACGUCGAUGAUUUGUUGCUUUGUGGUCAUCCUUCGGUCAUACAAGAGCUGGCUUCAGCAGUAAAGGCUAUUUGGAGUACCAAUGAUUUACAGAUGCUGUCCGACGGGACAAUCAGAUUCCUCGGCAUAGAAAUCUCCAGAUGUUCGCAGGGCUUUGCAUUGUCCCAGAGAUCAUAUAUUGAAGAACUCGCACGUCUUCACAAUCUGCCCGCCACGAGGAAGGAUGUUGUGCCGGCGUCAAAAGAGCUCGCUACAUUUAGCACGAUGCCGGAGGAAGGCGAAUAUACAGAAGCUGAGUUGAAGGCGGCCCAGCAAUGUGCCGGCGAGUUGCUGUGGGUCUCGCAACGGACGAGACCUGAUCUGGGGUAUGUGGCGUCGUUAGUCGGAUCCUUAUCCACAAAAGCUCCAAGGCGUGCUGUCCAGAUAGCUGAAAAAACUAUCGGCUUCCUUCAACGCACUAUCGACCAGGUUCUGGUAAUGCAGGCGGAUGGAUCUGGCCUUACUGGCUACUCGGAUGCCAGCUUUGCUCCUGAUGGUGAAAGAAGCCAUUCAGGUGCUGUGACGGUCCAGUCUGGGAUGAGUGUCGACUAUGGUGUGGUAACGUGGGCUAUACUCUGGAGUGGGGUCAUCUUGGCGCUUGUAAUCUGGGAGUUGCUGAAGUGGCUAGCUUGGUUGGUUUAUGAUAACGUAGCACCGGGCUCUAAGUCAAGGCGACUAAAGAGGUUGAGCAAGCUGAGAGAUGCUACCACAGAGGCUAUUCAGAAGGAAAUUGAGGCCAGAGCUGGAGGACGUAUAGAGCAACGAGCAAAGAUCCCGCCAGCGCAACAGAGUCAGGCUCCGGUUAGAGCUUCUUCAACAGCUUUGAGCUCUUCAAGCGAAGUGCAGGCCGUCGAAGCAGGUCAGCGAGAUGAGAGGAUCAACCUACUUCGCCAACUUGCUUCGGGAAAGAAGGAGCAUCGAGAUGCGCAGUGCCAAACAAGUGCAUUUACUCAG